CCUGUUCCUGGAGCCAUGUCUUCGCAGCAGCAGCAGCAACAUUGCCCACCCCAGCGGGUCCAGCAGCAGCAGGUGAAGCAGCCCUGUCAGCCGCCGCCUGUCAAAUGCCAAGAGACCUGUGCACCCCAAACCAAGGAUCCGUGCGCCCCCCAGGCCAAGAAGCAAUGCCCACCCAAGGGCACGAGCCAGCAGAAGAGUCCCUCAUCCCAGCAAACUCCCAAGAGUAAACAGAAGUGAGGAUGGUGGGGGCCACCACCUGCUGCCGUCCAGGCUACCGAGGGCCUCGCCCCCGCCUGCUCUUCAUCCCUCCAGCUCCAGAUCUCCCCUCCUCCUCCUACUGGGGUCCAAGGAGCCACUGUCAGAAAGUCCUCCCAUUGCACCUCUCACCAUGAGCCCCUCUUGGGCUCCAGGGCCUUUUCUGUAUCCCACCCUGAGGAUCUCCCAGGUGGGCGUGAGAAGGACCUCCUCCUCUGCACCCCCAGCUUGGCCGUACCUGUGGCCCCUCCAUCUCCCCAGGCAAGGAAACUGUCUGGGCUUUUGCUGGGGCUCUACCCUGACAUGAGGGUCCCAUCAGAGAGGAUGCAUAGCUUCUGCCUCGACACCGUCCCCAAUGCCCCCCGUCUGCACUUCUCUUCUGCUUACCUGCUAAUAAAUUGUGCUUCAUGUGGUA